GACAUAUUCUGAUGUUUUUACAAAGCUGUGCAGAUCUCUUCCAAUAUUUAUAUAUGGCAAUGGAAAAAAGAUGGCUAGGAGGAUCUGCUGCGCAAAUGCAACCUAUCAAAGUCCAUGGGAAAAUGUUGCAGUUAAUCUAAGUCAUAACUUAAAGAAAAACAGAAGUAUAUUGAGAAGGACAAUUAAAGUCGGUAUAACUAUUUUUUAUUUAAAAAAAACCCAGCAACAUUAAAUGUAUGUCUUGUAUACAUAUGGAAAGGAAAAAAAAGUAAAGUGAACCAUAAAGAAAAGCAAUACUUACAAAGAUGUGACUUGCUGUUUUAUUUUAAAAAAGGUAGCAGAAAUCCAACUAAUUCAAAUGGGAAGUAGGAUUGAUUUUAUGAUGACUGACUUUCAGGGCAUCUCCUUAAUUGUAAAUAGCAUAAUUUUGUACCAUUAAGGGUGGGAAGUUAUUUUAGGCAUUGGCAUCAAGACUUGACACCAACUUUCUCAAGGUCUUUGCUACCUUAGGUCUGCAGGGGAAACAGGGACAAGCUUUGAAAGCAGUGAGUUUGCCCUGCUGCUACUCAGGCAGCGAUGGCUGGGUGGUGGUUCAGUAGCACCACAUACACGUAGAUCUUUUUGAGGAGUGAGCUGGUUGCUGUGUACACUGGGGCUUGCUGGGACUGUUUUCUAGUCCUCUCACUGCUCCUCUGCAUUUUUUUCAGUAUGGAAAUUUUGUAGGGGGAAACACCUAUGAGCAGUUCUCCACAUUGCCCUUGUAUUUCUCCAGCAGAGAUGCAUGUGUGCAGAGCAUGACCGACAGCUUACCCACAGCUACCUCGAUAAGCAUGCAGCCAUGCUAGACCUUGGUGCCCCAUUGUAGUCAGCGUCGCCCUCAGCUCCUGGGUUUAUGUUGCAGCUUGAGCACCCACGUGGGCCAUGGGUGACAUGAGAAGACAGUGAGAUUUAUGUUGCAUUUGUUGAUUUUAUUUUCAGAGCCUGGUUUGCAAGCUACUGUCCCAAAUUAAUAUGCGAGGCUUGCUGGAGCUGGGGAUACACACCACCUGCCCAGAGGAGUGCUUGGAGAAACGUGGCUUGAUCUCCCUCUUGUGGAAAAUUAUUGGAACUAGACUCUCGUGAUAGUAAAGAAGAAAAGUCCAGAAUCGGUGAACAAAUGAUGGCAGCAAUUACCAUGCCACCUGAUGCUCUUGUCAGCCCUCAAGGAAAUGAAGAGAUGGACUCCCUGAUCGUACUGCAUUAUAAUUACACAGGAAAGCUUAUUUUAAGGGAGAAGGCAACUGAUAACAUAGAUCUGCCCACUAUUGCAUUUCUGAUCAUAUGUAGUUUCAUAGUCCUGGAAAACUUGAUGGUGUUGAUUGCCAUAUGGAAAAACAAUAAAUUUCACAACCGCAUGUACUUUUUUAUUGGCAAUCUAGCUCUCUGUGAUCUUUUAGCUGGGAUUGUUUACAAAGUAAACAUUCUUAUGUCUGGGAAGAAAACUCUGAGCUUGUCCUCCACAAUCUGGUUCAUUAGAGAAGGCAGCAUGUUUGUUGCCCUGGGAGCCUCUACUUUCAGCUUACUAGCAAUAGCUAUUGAGCGGCAUCUGACCAUGAUUAAAAUGAGGCCUUACGAUGCGAAUAAAAAGUACAGAGUGUUCCUUCUCAUUGGUACAUGCUGGCUUAUUUCAAUUUCCUUGGGUGCCUUACCCAUCCUUGGCUGGAACUGUAUAAACAACUUACCAGAUUGCUCAACAAUUUUGCCUCUGUACUCCAAGAAGUAUGUUGUGUUCUGUGUUAGUAUCUUCAUAGCCAUUUUGGUUGCCAUUGUCAUCCUCUAUGCCCGUAUCUACAUCCUGGUAAAGUCCAGCAGUCGUAAUGUCACUAAUCACAAUAACUCGGAGCGGUCCAUGGCACUCCUUAGGACCGUCGUGAUCGUUGUUAGUGUCUUCAUUGCCUGUUGGUCUCCUCUGUUCAUCUUGUUCCUCAUUGAUGUGGCCUGCAGAGUCAAGGAGUGCUCUAUCUUGUACAAAGCCAACUGGUUUAUUGCUCUGGCAGUCAUCAAUUCUGCAAUGAACCCCAUCAUCUACACUCUGGCCAGUAAGGAAAUGCGUAGGGCUUUCUUUCGCCUUGUUUGUGGCUGCCUGAUGAAAUCCAGGGUGGCCAGAUCUUUGCCUAUUCAGGCCACACCAGAUCACAGUCGAAGUAAAUCCAGCAGCAGCAAUACCCAGAAGCCAAAGGAAGAUUUCCCACCGAUGAAUGUUGCCUCGUACAUUGCUGAGAAAAAUGAAUCUCCAUUUCACAACGGAAAAUUCUGUAAGUAAAGGACUCCUCAAUACAAGUACCUUUCUGUGGCUUUUAGAUUUAAACUACAAGUGUGGUUUAAGUAUUCAUGCACUUAAGUCACAGGGCAAAACACUAACCACUUAUUUAACUUUGAGGACUUAUUUAUCAACAAUCAUUUUCUUUGAGUGUUCAUUCAAUAACGCACCUGAUUCAGAAAAAACCUUUCAUGCUACCCAACAGCCAGGACAGAGUCCAUGCACAUCUAAUGACAUUGUGCACCACGAUGGCAUUGCAUGAUGAGGCUUCAUUUGGCACUGCCUGAUCUAGCAAGACAUCAAUAAAACCUGUUAGAAACUUAAGCAUUCACUAAAUACUGCUGAUGAACAGAAAAUGAGCCCAAUUAUUGCCAACAGGGAGAAAAGCUCAUUACUUAUGUUGGUGAUUAUAGUUCUCUAUAUGUAUCUUGCUGUUAUGUUAAUGGCCUUAUAUGUAUGCCGUAUAAAUAGCUGUAUAUUUGUACAAUUCCUUAUUACAAAGAUGUUGUUUGGUAAAAGUUUACAAUAUGCUAAACAUUGUAUUGCAGUGUACAGUGUAAGGUGACAAAUUAUACAAAUAGAUGUGUUUCAAUGGGGAUAUUUGAAAAUAUAUGAAGUAGUAGCUUUUAACUGACAGGAACUUUAACAUGUCAUAUCAAUGCAGUAUUUUUAUUUUUUCUGCUGUUAUUCAAACUUCUCAUGUGUAGUGAAAGACAACAUGACAGUUGUCAUUGUGGCAUUUCACAACUUAUUUUAAACAAGGAGUAGUAAAAUAACUCAUUGAGAGAGGCUAUAUGUGUUCACUGUUUAAAGUAGUUAAAAUGUGACCCAACAAUACAUGUGUAUCAAGUGUGUGUACUGUUUCAAUGCAUAUAUUUUUACUUACUAUUUCCAAUGUAUUUAAAAAUGUACGUGAAACUUACGUAAACCUGUGUACAUUGUGAAUGCACUACUUUUAAGCUGAGAUUCUUCAGUUCUGAAACAGAGAUAUAUCAUUUCAGAAAGCAAUGAACCACAACGGGUCCCUGUGGAGUUCCUUCUUUUCUCUCUAGGCACUACCACAGCAUGGGAUUGUGUUAGAAAUUCUCCCUGGGAAGAAGUUCACCCAGUGAGACAAGAUCCCAUUUUCUGGCAACGGGACCCUACGCUCCUACCGUCUCCAGGCACUUUUGCAGAUACGAGAGGGAAGAUGCGGUACAACAGGAUCAUGCUGAAGGGCAUAUCUCCAUUUAUUCCUGACCCUGCUUUGGAUCUGGAAUGAAAGCCUGUUUAGUUUGGAAGACCUGGAGCCCCAGACUUACUUUUUUGAGAGGCUGUUCCAGAGAAACCUGUAUGAAAACAACUUUACGGUUCAUUACUGCCUUACCAGCCUCAGUACAGGAUGGUGUUCAGCAUCAAAGGGCUUCCCUGAGACCUAGAGCAGUUAAGACUUCAUAAACAUCUGAUUUCAAGUGUGCAUGGAAGUGGCUCAUGGUACUUCCAUCAAUAUUGCAGUCUGCACGGAAGUGGCCCGUGGUACUUCCAUCAGUAGUUCAGUCCGGAUGGAAGUGGCCCGUGGUACUUCCAUCAAUAGUUGCAGUCUGCAUGGAAGUGGCCCGUGGUACUUCCAUCAAUAGUUCCAGUCCGCAUGGAAGUGGCCCGUGGUACUUCCAUCAAUAGUACUUCAUGGCUGGAGGCUUCAGUGGAGGCUGAUGGGAAAUUUUGAUACUAGUUCUUAUUGCCUUUUAGUAAGAAUGUAAGCAUUAAACUUUAUUGGGCUCUUUCAAAAAUUUGUGUUUAAUGUCUCAAAUCACACCUUGCCUUAUGCACAAUUAGUAGUAGUUGAGGCUUUUUUAAUACGCAGCCUGAAAGAGCUCAUCCUUAGCUUUACUCUGGUCUUAAUCAUUUAAAGCAGCAGCAUUAGACUCUUCCCAAGUGUGUACAGUGUAUAAGUAAGUUGUGUAAUGUGUGUAGCAGAAGCCUUUAAAAUGUCGAGAUUUGCGUUGUGAUUAUCUUUUACAAGUUAACGGUCUGCUUGUAAAUGUUUUAUGGUGUUAGAAAAGUGUAAGAACAAAGAAAAGCUGUAUUUGAAUGAAAUAACUGUGAAAGAGUGUAGUUAGUGUGAAGUAAUUUCUACCAAAAAUGUUGAAAAGCAGUGCACUUAGAGAAAAAGAAAAAGCUAAAUUAAGCUAAGCAUGAUAUAACUAUAUGAACUGCAGAUACAGGCUGGGUCAGCAGCUCUGUAGCUUUGUGAGAAAUAGAACUGGUGACAUUGCAUUGCCAUGGCUUGCUUAGGUUUUUAGAUCUUACAGUGCUACCUGGCUGUAUUUUCAGUGUGGAAGUUCUCCCCUGAAGUUGUGUCUUUGAAAACUGCCAGCUAAAAUAUUUGUGUGCUUCUAAAUGUUAGUUCAUGAAGUGGUGGCACGUGGCAGCAUUCCUUGCUACUGUAGAGCAAAAAGGCCUUCGCAACACAAUGGUUUGAGAAAACAUUGUGGCUGACCCCACACCAGCUCUCAUGUCAAGGAUGUUACGUGAUUCUCUCUGUUUAGGUGAAAAAAAUGAGUAUUUUUAAUAGCCAAAGUCCAAGAAUAUGCACAUAAAAGUGAGUUUUAACAUCUGGAUUCUAGCCUUAGCUACUGUCAGAGUUGAUGCAAGGUACAAGUAAUGCAAGCAACUCCACUGUUGGAGGCCAUGUGAUUGCAUGUCACUACAAAAACCUUUCACUCUACUCUGAUUUCCUUCUCUUUGUUUUGGAGCUGUGGGGAUAUUUUGUUAGUUCACUACCCUGCUGUACUUGAAGCAGGCUCCCAAGAUUCAUGGGUUCACAUAUAACUGAUAAUAUAAUUUGCAAAGUACUUAUGACUGAAGAGAAGAAAAACUAUUGUGGAUACAGUCUUCAGUGUGUACAUCCCACUGGGACGUAUUAGGUAAAGCACAGAUUCUGGAAGAUUUCAGAGCAAAAUUUUCAAGUAGGGCAAGUGAAGGGCUUAACAGCAGUAGGCCAUAAACAACCAGGAAGAUGUCCUAUCCUUGAAGCUGGAAAAAGAUGGAGAAUAGCUUCUUUCACCCUAAGAUACUGAAAGUUCCUUAAAAUACAUCCCAGAAUCCAAGCUUUUUAUCAUCUAGGCUGAUUUGAGCAUACAAGAAACUGAAUCAGGUCUCCCUUUCCCAAUUGGUUUUACAUGGAGCAAAAGCUACAAAGGAGACUAACAUUUCAUUCAUGUUAUUUCAUUAAUUGGAAUAUUUAUUUUGGUUCUGGAUUACAGAAGAAAGGCAAAUCAAAUGACCUAAGGAGGAAAAAAAAGCUUUCACAGGAUGCUUUCCAAAAGUCUUUUAUUGCCAACAGUCUUACAGAGUAUUUUCAACUGAUUAGGUACCAUAAACAUUUUGAAAACUUCUAAUUAAAUCUCAAACCUUUGAACCAAA